GACGAUGGAGGCGAAGGCGAUCAGCGCAAGGACCCGAGCUCUACGGCACUUGAGGAAAGGCUCAAGAAGCUGAAGAGUAAAUCGUUUUGCGCCAGCUGCGGGCGCAAAGGGCACUGGCACAAGGACGUUGAGUGCCCGAACUACAGUGGAGGUGGCAAUGGAGGCGAGAAACCUGUGCGGGCUGUUGAGGUCUGCCACCACGUACCGGCGGAGGUGAUGACACUGAAGUACGAGGGCGAGGCGCUAGUCGGCAUCACAGACACAGCUUGCGCAAAGUCGGUGGCGGGCACGGGAUGGCUACAAAGGUACUCGGACUUGGCGAACGAGAUUGGGGAAAAGGUGAAUCUUGUCAAGGAGUGCGAGGCCUUCCGUUUCGGCACCGGGAAAAUCCACUACUCGGCCUUCAACGUGAAGAUCAGGUUUGUCCUCGGCACGAAGCUCGUGAGCCUCAAAGUUUCUGUGAUCAAUGGAGACGUGCCCCUGCUGAUGUCAAAGAGGUCCUUAGCUCAGCUUGGGAUGAUCUACGACGUUGCCAGGAAUGUUGCAGACUUUUCGGUUGUCGGACUCAAAGACUUUGCUCUCCUUCAGACGACUUCCGGUCACCCAGCCAUUCCGAUCAAUCCGGCAAAGGCCGGAGAAUGCAGCGAAGAGCUGCUUCUUGCCGACAACGCACCGGGGGCAUCGGAGGCAUACAUGGCGUUCAUGCUGAGUGGUUGCAUCCCUACGACCCCUAAGCCCUACAAGAUCUUCUACGACAAAAAGCUUAGCCCCGAAGUCAAACAGAUGCUCACCCAAGACCGGUUGUCAGAAGCUUCGUUUCUCGCGUGGUGGGACAGUACCAACAUCGACAGUGACUUCUGGUUAGAGGGCGAGUUCGCAUGGACAGGGAAGCCGAUCGAGAGUGCAGUCGAUGUUGUCGAGCGUGGAGAUGAGCAGUCCUCGUUCCCGUUGUUUUGGUUCGGCAGAACUACCUUCGCAAAGGCCAUGAGCAGCUCGGGAUGCCGCCCACCGCCGAUCCACAAGAUGAACAAAGUGGAGCUCCUGGCGGAGGCCAACCGAGUCGGAGUGCUUGUACACCAUCGCUGGACUGUCGAGGAGAUCAAAGCCGUCAUUCAGGAGCACCGCAUGGAGAACGACCCCGGCUCGGCGAUGAAGUCGAUCACCAACCUCACCCUCGACGAGCUGAAGGCCAAGGCGAACAACCUCGGUGUGAUGUUCGGGGAGCGGAUCACGAAGGGCAACUUGAUAAGGCUCAUCCGGGACCACACGAACACCCCCGACCAGGAGCUGAUGAAGAUCGGAAGGUUCAAGGGGUACGAGUUCGGGGAGAUUCCCAAAGCCUACGGGGAGUGGGCAUCAAAGGAAGUACGAGUCAGCUCCAAUCCGCACCCAGAGCUUGUGAGGUUCGCAAAGUGGUUCGAUGGGAAGACGGCGAAGACGAACUACGCCGGGGAGGAGUUCAUCGAGGAGCACGGUACAGUCCCGUUCCCACCGAGCCUAGGAGGACCGGCGCCCAGCACGACGGGGAGCUUCGGCACAGUGGACUGGAGCGUGGUGCAGGACGACUGGGGGAAGCAAUCGCUGGUCCCUCCGAAAGCGAGCCCUACCAAGAGACGGAACGAGAAGGAGGACACCAGAAUGAUCGUGGACAACCCAGUGACCCCCGAGCAGGAGAUCGAGGAGCUGGAGCGCAGAUUGGCGGAGCUCAAGAAGAAGGCGGCGGCGAAGGGAGCGGUGUCUAUCUUCCCGGACCAUGGCCGUCCUGGACACCGUGAUGAAGAAGGCCAUGAAUAUGAGCACGAGGGCGGCCAUUUUGGAAAUAAGACCUUUGUGCACGAUGGAUGGUGCUGUGGAGGCACAAGACACGAUAAAGUUGCGGAGAGCUUCAUCACGGACGGCGACUUCGUGAAGGGGCACUACAACCAGAACAGCGUCUUUGCCGUGAACCCCGGCAACUUCGAGAACGUCGAUCGCCCUCAACUACACCGAGCACUUCAGCAACAGGACUAUAGCUACGGCACGAUCAAGAAGGUCCUCGAGGAGACGAGCAUGAAGGCGCAGAAGAACACGAAGGGCAAAGCGCUCGGAGCACCUGGACAGGAAGUGCUGUAUGAAACUCUUGGUCUGUACACUCAUGGAGGCGUCUACGGUGUCACAACGAGGACCAAGCUUGACGAGGACCUCGCUCGCUACAUGAAUCGAGUCGGACAGCAUCUACUACCAGAUGGAGCUACGUGGUCAUCGGUGACUAUGACAAAGGGUUGCAACGCAGCGCCGCACCACGACUACAACAACUCUAGAGAGAGCAAGAACCACGUGUUCACCACAGGAGGACAAGGACCAGGCAGCAUCUGGAUCGAGACCAAAGACCUCACCGAAGACCAGGCCGCGCAGGGCGACGUCAAGUGGAGGAGCAUCCCCGGACGAGGAUGGGUACCUGGUCGACUAACCAGAUCGCACAAUGCCGUGGUCUCCUUCGACCCCUUCUACAAACAUGCGACGCACGACUGGGAUGGGGAACGAUGGUGCGUCAUUUACCACACCACGAAGAGCGUCAAGAACAUAUCCCCCGAGCUUUCCAAGUACCUCAAGAACCUCGGCUUCCACCUCCCGAAGGCCGCGAAGGAAGUCCGCGGUAGUGCUGGAACCAUGCCUAGGAGGACUACGAGGAAGACUAUCUUCAACAACGCAGCGAAGCUGAGCGUGAUGUUCGCGACCUUGAUUGCCGCAACGGACUCUUUUUUUGGCAGGGGAGUCUAUGCCAACAAAGUCCAGACCCCGAUCGUGAUGUUCGAGAUUGGGAGCGAUGAGGGCACCGAGGAGGCUGUGAGGCUGGAUAAGGACGUCUUCGAGCCGAUGACGUGGGAGCGCUACAACACGAGCGAGGGCAAGGAGACCGCGCACCACAUUGUCAAUGGAGGUUAUCCACGAGAACUACGCGUGAGCUUAAAGGGAAAGAGAAGUGGCGACGAUGAGGCUCUUCGGGAUUUGAUCGAGCUUCAGGUGAAUAGCGGAGGAACAGCGGUGCUCAUCGGGGACAACAAGGACACCCUUGUCGAGGAGUUGGCAAAGUCGGCCGUGCAGAAGCACAAGCGUCUGGCAGAGAGCUUCGGCGAUCAGGACAUCAUCGUCUACUACAAGGAGAAAUCCGAGAACGGGAGUAUGGUGGGAGUCGGAAGAGUCCACGAUGUAUGUGUCGUGGAAGGCCAGGAACCCAAGCCAAAGAACUACGCAACGGAUGGCUCGGCGAUCAAGUUCGACUCCAGCACGCCUCCCGGAAUCGCGCAGUCCCUUCGUCGACUUCAUCAGAACCUGGGCCACCCCCGACGCGAAGACCUACUACGGCAUCUCCGCCUGGCUGGGUGCAACGAGGACGUGCUGAAGGCGGUCAAGUUGAUGACGUGUGACGUUUGUGCAGCCACGGGCGGGCCGAAGAUACAACGACCUAGUGCCCUGCCUCACAUGUUGGACUUCGGUGAAAUCCUUGGGAUAGAUAUCUUUUACGCGCACGACGCCAGCGACGUCAAGCACACCUUCCUCUCGGUCGCCGACUAUGGAACAACCUUUCAUCAGGUCGUUAGAGUCGAUGGACAGUCGGCCUGGGACAUCGAAGAGGCGUUCAACACCCUGUGGAUCACGCCCUACGGCGCCCCAAAGUCUGUUGCGGUUGACUUGGAUGGAGGCCUACAGACAGGCCUCGCCAGACUGUGCGACUGGCACGGCAUCGAGAUACGGAGUGUUGCAGCCCAAGGACACUGGCAAGCUGGAGUCGUCGAAAGACAACAGGCAUGGUGGAAAAACGUCUGGGAGAGGAUUGUCCUGGAGCUUUCCAUCACCGAGGACGAGAUCGACAUCGCCGUGCCGAUUGACCUCGACUACCAGAAGACCUACGCGACCCUGACAUGCAGCGGAGAGAAGGUCACCUGGGACGUCUCGGCUGAGGCGAGAUUCCAGAGGCAGUCCAUUAUCCGGGCAUCAGCACGGGUCGCGUUCCACAAGAGCCAGAUAGACAACCGGCUCAGGAAGGCCCUCCUUCAGAGAGCAAGGACCACGUCUAGGAAGCUGGAGGUGGGCGAGUCCGUGCACUUCUGGCACCAACGCAAGAACCGUAGACGAGGCGAAUGGGAAGGUCCUGGGAUCAUUGUCGGCUCUGAGGGGGACAACUACUGGAUCUCAAAAGGGGGCCGGUGCAGAUUGAAAGCACCGGAGCAUGUGAGGCCUUCUUCACCCGAGGAGGUGGGCGAGUACUUCGUCAUGAAGGGCUUAAAGGGAGAAGUCGAAAAGCUAUUGGAGGGCGACCCCGACAAUCCGGAAGUGUUCGAAGAUGAUGACGAGGAGCAGGUCUACGACGAGAUCUACGAGGACAUGGACAUCGACCCCGAGGCGGACGACGGUGGAGGCGCAGGAGACAUAGAGCUUGGACCCCCGGACGAGGAAGGCGAGUGCGAGGACGCCCUUGGGAAUCCUCCUCUACGUAGACUCAAGAGGAAGACGAAAGCUGCUGAUCUACCAGAGCGACCUACUGACGCCCACGACGCCAUGAUGCUCAAGACUGACCUCACUCGUCGCGGAGUUGAGAAACGCAAAGAGAAGGAGCUCAAAUGGAGUGAGAUUCCUCCCGAGAUGAGGAGCGACUUCCGAUCCGCCGAAGUCACCCAAUGGCAGGAGCACCUGGCAUAUGACGCGCUGGCUCCUCUGACAGCAGAACAAUCUGCCGAAGUGAGGAAGCGCGUCGAUCCCUCAAGGAUACUGAGGAGCAGAUGGGCAUAUCGCGAUAAAAACUAUGCCCGUCGCCGCGAAGGCGACCCAGUCCCCUGGAAGUGCAAGUCGCGACUGGUCAUCGCCGGGCACACCGACCCGGACCUCGGCGUAGAGACGCUGUCGACUGACGCGCCAACCUUGUCAAGGGCAGGAUUGGCAUGUCUGAUGCAGAAGGUUGCGAAUGGACUGAAAAGGGACGACGCAUGGCACAUGGCUGCAGGAGACAUCAGGUGCGCCUUUCUGACAGGAAGCUACUUGGCCCGAGAACUUUAUAUACAUCAGCCGGCCACAGGAUUCCCCGGGAUGAACCCAGGCGACCUGGUGAGGGUGAAGAAGAAUGUCUUCGGCCUCGCCACCUCCCCGCAUGAGUGGUGGCUGGACCUACAGAAUGGGAUCUACGCCACCAAGGUGGAGCACAACGGGAAGGAGUUCCACUUUGAGCAAUGUGGACUGGACCCGUGCAUCUUCUCCCUCCGGGAGUACAGCAACGGAGACUUCACUGGGAAGCCGGUCGCCUACAUAGGGUGCCACGUCGACGACAUCCUCAUUGCGGCUCCAAAGUCCCUCAUGAAGAAGAUCCAAGCAGCCCUCUCAGCGACCUUCCCCAUCGAGACCUGGGAGGAGGACGAGUUCGAGUUCCUCGGGUCCCACUUCGGCAUUCGCGAGGACACCGUCUACAUCGACCAGGCCAAGUAUGCGGAGACCCGACUUUUCUCCCUUGAUGUGCCAAAGGGAGCCCCGGACGAAGAGGCCGCGCCCAAGGAGCUCAUCGCGGACAAUAGGUCCCUGAUAGGGGCCCUGUCAUGGAUGUCGGCACAGAGCCGACCCGACCUCACUUGCUCGGUGAGUAUGGCGCAGCAGCUACAGCAGAGCCCCAGCUUCGGCGACCUCAGAUUCACCAAUGCGGUGGCCGGAAAGGCGAAGGCCCACAAGGACUGCGGGCUGAGAUUCAAGGCCGUAGACGAAGAGAGGCUCAUGGUGAUCUGCUAUCACGACGCGGCAUGGGCGAACGUUCCGGAACCCGACAACGAGGAGGACCACUACAAGCUCACCUACGAGGACGACGAGGCCGGGAUCCAGCACGAGGCACCGAUUUCCUACAAGAGCAAUGGAAGGAGAGCUAAGAAAGGGAGCUCGAAGGUUGCCUCUCAGCUUGGAUGCCUAGUUCUCUUCGCAGACCGAGGAGUGAUCAGUGGACAGCCCGGGGACUUCAGCAUCGCAGACUGGAAGUCCAGAGCUGGACAACGUGUGUGCAGGUCCACUUUCGGAGCCGAAACCCAAGCAUGUGUGGAAGGGCUGGAGACAGCCCAGUACAUGAGAUCGCUGUACGAGAGCCUGAGCACCGGCACACUGGUCAAUGUGGACACAGCAGUCACGCCAAUCCUGUGCCUUUCUGAUUGCCGUAGCUUGUUCGACCAUCUGACCCGACAGGGGAUACCGCGGGUGCCGAGCGACAAGCGCUUGGCUGUAGAUUUGGCUGCACUGCGUCAGUCACUUAAGUCUGAGAAGAUCAACGGACAGCCACCAAUCGCUUGGAUUCCAGGCGAAACACAGCUUGGAGAUGUUUUGACAAAGCCUCAGAAUCCUGCCAAUUGGUGGGACAAGAUGCAGAG